AUGGGCUGCCUCUUCUCCCGCCGCAGGAAACCGGCGCAGGGCGGCCAGCAGCAGCAGCAAGCGGCACCGGGAAACGGCCAAGAGGCGGCGGGCGGUGAGGAGAAGGCACCGGCGCCACAGUACAGCUGGGACCAGCGAGCCAAGGUUGACCCCAAAGAUUACACUUUUUCCGGACUUAAAGAUGAAACUGUGGGUCGGCUGCCUGGAAAAGUAGCAGGGCAACAAUUCAUCAUUCAGGACUGUGAGAACUGUAGUAUCUACAUAUUUGACCAUUCUGCUACAAUCACUAUUGACGACUGUGUAAACUGCCAAAUCUUUUUAGGACCAAUAAAAGGCAGCGUGUUUUUCCGUGACUGCAAAGACUGUAAAUGCAUAGUGGCCUGCCAACAGUUUCGCACGCGGGACUGCAAAAAGCUGGAGGUAUUCUUGUGCUGUGCCACACAGCCCAUUAUUGAGUCCUCCACAGGUAUGAAAUUCGGGUGCUUCCAGUACUACUAUCCUGAGCUUGCUUUACAAUUUAAAGAUGCUGGACUGAGUAUCUUCAAUAACACAUGGAGCAACAUCCAUGACUUUACCCCUGUGUCAGGAGAAAAUAAUUGGGGUCUUUUGCCCGAGGAUGCCAUGGUACAAGAUUAUGUUCCUCUGCCCAGCUCUGAGGAGCUGAAAGCUGUCAGAAUUUCUACCGAUGCUACGAGGAGCAUAAUACCAAUAACUCGAGGACGGAGACAGAAAAGCAGCGAUGAAUCGUGUUUGGCUGUGUUUUUUGCUGGUGACUACACAACUGCAAAUGCCAGGAAGUUAAUUGAUGAGAUGACGGGCAAAGGCUUUCAGCUGGUACAGACUAAAGAAGUCUCAAUGAAGGCAGAGGAUGCUCACAGAGUUUUCCAGCAGUGUGCAUCAGAAUUCAUUCCACUACUUGAAAAAGGUCCAGUGGUUGCUUUGGAGUUCAAUGGAGAUGGUGCUGUGGAAGCAUGUCGAAGCACUAUAAAUGAUGUUUUUAGUGGGACCAAGGUUUUUGUAUCGGAGAGCAAGGCAUCGGCGUCUCAAGAUGUAGACAAUUUCUACAACUUUGCCGACAUGCAGAUGGGAAUGUGAAGUUUAACAUGAAGGUGUUCACGUACGGUUUGUCUUGGCACUUGGAUGUCACUUGGCUUGAAUAUUGCGGUGGUAUCUGAGUUUUGUCACUUGGUUUUGUAUUUCUCAUAUAUCCCUUUUAUAAAGCUUUUUGGUGGUUUUAAUACCGUAUUUCCUGAACUGGAGUAAAUGGCACAGCUCCCCAUAUGCGUUGUGUUUGAAACUUGUAUUUUGACUCCAGAAACAAUGGAGGUUUUCUACUAACUUUUUACAGUGAUUUCUAAACUUCUAUUGACACUUGAAUGUUUCUUUUCGACAUCUAAUGGUAAAACAUAUUUGAAAAGUGCAGUGCUGAUCCCAAUUUGAUGCAGUAGUAAUUGUUAUCUUUAACUCGGACACGUUGUUUAGAAAGUGCGUUUAUGUGAAACUCACUGUUCAAAACUUUCCCACAUGCAAAUUUGUCUUCACUGGGGGCCAGGGAGGAAGCUGUAGUCAUUGACUUUUUCUGAAAGCCUAGUCUGAAAUGAAUUCUCCUUAUAGCAUGCUUUCAGAAGCAGUGCCUGACUUAUAAAAUGUACAUCUGGCUUAUUCUUCUUCUUCAGCAUCUCUUUUGAAUAAAGUUGUUUGCAGCAGCAUUUAUGCUGAGGCUUGUCAUUAACAGCAGUCUGGUAAGUGAGCACUUGCCAGGCUCUUCUGCUCCGAGGUGAGUUCUGAGCAUGAGGGCUCUGCUGAAGAUGCUCCAAGCUCCACCCAGGCUCUCUGGUGAUACAGCUGCCUCCAAUAUUCCCAAAUCAUGUAUGGGACAUUCGUGAGGUUUCCUUGGACUCGAAGCAAUAAGUCUCUGGCACCAUGUUGUUUGCUAGAAGGAACAUACAGCAACCAGGGGCAAGAGAAGGUCUCUGAUGGCAUUUAAAAGCCUCUUCCUUGCUAGACCCCAGGAGCAAGGUUUUACACUCGGUAGUAGUAGUAUGGAAAAUUUGGCUGUAAAGUACUACACGCUGCUGUAGGGUUUAUUUUGGAUUAAUUCUAAAAACAGACCAAAGAAGUGCUACUAGCAUUUUGGGAGAUGCAUUUUAAUAGUGGUCAGUAAGGACGCUUAUUGCUACAUAAUGCAUAUUACAAUGCAGAUCUAUAUGGAUAUUAAAUACAUGAUUGAUUUAUUUUUUUGCAUAUUACAUUCUUGCUGAUUUUUCUAUACAAACUUAAAGCUUAUGGCCAGGUUUACAAGCCCUCUAAUACUUGAACAGUUUGUGCAUGCAGAUGUACAAAACCAAAUUUCUUAAUGAAAAUAGUGGCUUGCCAGUUUAUGUAGCCUUUGCAAUCCAUUGAAUGGACUGGGGCUGUGCUGAGGUGCUAAAGCAGUAAUUUCCUUCUUAUGCUCAUCUGUCAAUAGGGAAGAUCUUGUGCAUCUUAACUGAAUAUGAGUCUCGACUCAUCAGUUUCACAGCUCUGGAGCUCCAAAAGUGGGUGGCUAAAAACACAUCUCUUCCUCAUUUUUUUUGAAUUAGCACAGGAAAGAAUCUGUUCCCCUGAAACUCAUGAUUCUGUCAUGCCUGAGAGGUGUUCUGAGCUGUCAUUUUGUCGCUACUAGGCAAAUGCUUGCCCUUAGUUUAAGCUAUAUAUCGAGAAUAUGUCCUUAGGACCUCUUGUUAAAGUUAUGCAUGGAUUAAAUAAGGAAGAGUAUCUCCUGAAGUCACUAAACCAUUAGUGUACUGAAGGUAAGAAAAAUGUCACUUUUGUGAAUGGUUUUAUUUCGCUUUGUCAAAUAAAAACAAACUGCCACCAGAAUCUGACUGGUGGUGGAAAUUGUCACUUAUUUGCACUUAGCCAGCCAGAAUUUUUUUCAUAUGUGUGAGGAGAGGCUGUGAAAACAGCUAGAAAUCUUAGAUCGGUCUCCAAAGUAAUAAUGCAGCUAAUCUAUGAACGUUUGCAGGAAUUAUUCUCGAUAUAUACAGCAAAUGUAUUUUUCUGGUAUGGACAAUUACUUCAGAAAUGUCAUCGUGUGAUUUAUCUAAGCAGUGUGUAUAUUGGACCUUCUUGGUCUCUAACCUUUUACACAUAACAUUUCCAAACUUAUACGCUGACACAUGAUUAUAUGUAUGUUUAUAGUUUAUUUUUUGUAUCAUCAACCUGCUCUGGAAAAAAAAAAGUGCUAAAUUGAUUUUUGUAACUACUUUUGCUGGAGGACAGAAUGAUUAACUGAAAAUUAAUCUAGGCUUGAAACAGCAGAAAAACUUUUCUACAUGGUAGGAAAGAGCAGUGUUGCAUUUUUUUUUAUUAUUUUUACAUUUAUAGCCUGGUUACCAAUAUAAAGAGUUUUUAAUUAAAAAAAAAAAAGCCUGAAUAAUGAAGGAGUUUCUCAAUCCAAUUAUUUAUCUUUUGACUUCAAUUUCUUGUUAACAGGUGUUAAAAACACUUGUAGCCUAAGCAUCAGGUAUUGUACGUGUUAUGGAAUGGUACGUGCUUCAUGUAGUCUUUGUAUGUUUGUUGUAUAGCUUUUUAUGUCAUUUGUAUUGCACUGUGAAUGUGAUUCAUAAUAAAUACUGAAAAUGUAAA